AUGAUUUCGAAAUCUCUAUGGCUUUUCAUCCUCGUAAUUCUCCCAUUUUUCGCAUCUAUCGACCUUGUUCAAGUAUCUGCUAAAGACUCGUGGUGCCCGAUCACUCAACCUAGGAGCCAUGAAAUGGUCGAGUAUGGAAAAUUUGCCGUGAAAGAAAUGAACGAACUAGGCGGCACUCACAUGGCAUUUGAAAGUGUUCUUCAAGGAGCCACACUAAAAGAGGGAGAGAAAGUGUAUAUAAGGUUCGAAUUAAGUGUAAAGGAUGGCUAUGACCGGUCAAGGUACAUGGUUAACAUGUAUGAAGUGCCCACAAUACAGUUCAAGAAAGUAACUAACAUUAGAAAACUCCCUUGA